GGCGAGCCCCCGCGCCCUGCCGGCCCCACAAACACCUCGGCCGCCCGGUUAUCGACCCGGGUGCCGGGAGGAGCGGCCGUCCGCGUGCCAUCGCGCCUGCGUGUCCCCAAAACCCCCCUGCGAUGGCAUGACACCACCUGCCCGCCCCUUGGGGCACCCCACGGAUGGGUUUGGGUGGGGGGUCCCCAUGGUGCCGGGGUCCCCGUGCGCCCUCCUGUCCCCUCUGCGGCAGUGGCUGGAUGGGACCUGGUGCCACCAUGCCUGCCACCUUCCGUCCGUCCUUCCCGGCAGUGGCACCUGCCCUGCUCGCAUGGCAGCAGGGGGCUGGGCCCUGCUGGGAGCAGCUCCCGUGACGCUAGAGGGCAGGGCCAGCCCUGCUCAGCACCACGGCUCAGCACCCAGCGUCAGUGCCGGCACCCGGGGUGAAGUCCCGGUGCCCUCCCAGCACCCCAAGGCAGACGGGCUCUGGUUUGCGCUGGGACCUCAGACGUCUUCAAGCCCCUCUCCCUCUGCCCCCAGGCAGGGGGCUCCUGCAGGAGCCAGGGUGGCACCUGCACCCCAAAAGGGUCCCCAGCACCCUGCUGCGGGAGCAGGAUGCUGCGGUUGCCGUGGGACUGGGGUUCCGGGGGGAUGCCGGGGUUGCCGUGGGAGUGGAAUGGGGUUGUUGGGCUGUGGCCAGGAGAAGGGGAUGCAGUCCACCCAGCGAGGCCGUGGCCAAGGCCUCGCAGCUGCCCAGCCCACCAUGGAGCUCUUCAUGCCCCUUCACUUCACCAUCCUCCUGUGCCUGUGCUUGCUGCUCUUGGGCCCGUGCAGCUGGCUGGCUCUGCACGUCCUGCUGCUGGUCCCCAUCUCCAGCACCAUCUUCGUGAUCCUCAUCCUGGCUGUCACCAGCCUCGUCCUGCUCAGCGUUGCCUACCUGGAGCUCCCCCAGCCAGGGGCCUGGGAGGACGCGCUGGAGCAGAGGCUCUGUGGCACAGCGAGACGGCAGCGCUGGCGCGGGUGCCAGUGGCCCCGCUGGCGACGCAUCGUCUGCUGCCCUCACUGCAACGGCUACGUGAAGGCUGCUGCUGCAGGCAAAGGCAGGCAGGACGGGCAGGAGCCAAAGGCAGCGCCUAGGGGUGUGGCGGAUGGCAGGGAUGCCAAGGAGUGAAAAUGUCCCGCUGCACCCGCACCGGCUCCCCGCACCGUCCCGCACACCGAGGGACACGCACUGCUCCAGCACCCGGCCUUCAGGCUGAGCUCCGUCCACACAAACAGGCAAUAAACAUCUUCACCCCGAGCUCUCCUGCCCAGGACUCUGCUCUG